AUGGAUGGAUCUGAUAGCAGCUCGCUCGCGGUGCCCCGCCUCCCCGACGACGCCAUCGUGGAGAUCCUCUCGCGCCUCCGAGCCAAGUCGCUCUGCCGAUGCAAGUGCGUCUCCGAACCCUGGCGCGACCUCAUCGCCGACCGCCUCUGCUGCAAGGAUCUCCCCCAGACCCUGCAAGGGUUCCUCUACUUCGGCGUCGGAAGCCGCGGAGGCGGGGACGGCAGCAGCGAUGGUUCUGCUGAUGCCAACGGCGGAGAUCGCGCCAGCAGCCGCGACGGGAUGCUGCUUCGCCACGGCAAUGGGCGUUUCAUCUACCUGCUAGGAGCAGCCGGGCAUCCAGGCUAUCGAGCUCCUGGAUUCCUCAACGGCCUCCUCCUUUUUGGACACAGCCGGGUUUCAGACACAUUCGACUCUCUGGGCUACAUCGUGUGCAACCCUGUCACCGAGCAGUGGGUGGCGGUACCCUCCACCGGCUGGAGUCCGACUCCACCACAAGAAAUUGUGGACGAACGUGAGAAAGCCGUGCGCACCUUUCUCAUCUUCGACCCAUCCGUCUCCUCGCACUUCGAACUAGUGCAGUUCUGGCAGGAUGAAAUGGCGGAAGAAGAUGUAGAAGCCGUGCACAUCUACUCGUCUGGAACUGGGUUGUGGAAUGACAGGUCAAGUGAAUUGUAUGGUGGAGGUGGAUGGGGGAAUUGGGGAGGCUAUGGAACCAUAGAAAAACCCAGGCAUGGCAGGGCCUUUGUCAAUGGCAUGCUGCAUUUUCUCAUCUACAAACCAUGGCACUAUUUUACAACUCCAGGCGAGUGA